AUGAAGAUCUUUGCUGCCCUUGUUGGUCUUCUUCAGGCCUCUCCUAUGCUUAUCGGCCAAAGCCGAGGAUCUCACGCUCCUGGCUAUCUGGACCUUCCAUACCUCGACGAAUGCACUGGAACUAAAGACUACGGCACUUGGCAAGGAAUUUGCGUCCCAGCUACUCCACCUGCAGCUUGCACCACUGAGAAACACUUGCGAACUCAUCGACUUCUUUCUAGCGAAGGUCACUACAACAUUCCUUCUUGCUAA